CCGGCUCGUCCUCUCAACCACAUGGGGCCGCAAAAAUGGCUUCUCGAGUUGGGUUUGAUGCAGACCAGAUCAAAGACAGAGCUCGCAGAGACUUGCUGAACCUGCUCGAGGGAGUUCGUGGCAAGAAGAACUUGGUUCUUGAGCGUAGUUUGGCUGGACCCAUUGGAGCCAUUGUCAAGGUCGCGACCCUCCAAGAGUAUGGCGUCGACAAGUUCUUCUUUCUGGAGAACAACAAUACCGACACGAGCCAGCGCAAUGUCAUCUUCGUCGCCCGUGGCGAGUGUGCACGGCAUACCCCGUCCAUAGCAGAUCACAUCCGACGAUUGCAGCGAGAGAGCCAAACCGGCCAUGAAUUCCACAUCUUUUGGGUACCCCGGCGGACCGUUGUCUCGGACAAACUAUUGGAAGAGGCAGGCGUCUUGGGAGAUGUCAACAUUUCCGAACUACCGCUCUACUUCUUCCCCUUGGAAAAGGAUGUGCUAUCCCUUGAACUUGAAGACUCGUUCCGCGAUAUAUAUUUGAGCAAGGAUGUGACGCCCUCCUUUUUGAUGGCCAAGGCAUUGAUGGGAAUCCAAGAGAAACACGGGCUUUUCCCUCGGGUCAUUGGCAAAGGCGACAACGCGAAACGCGUGGCCGACUUGCUCUCGCGCAUGCGACAAGAGAUCAUAGCCGGCGAUGACACGAGCACGACCCAACGCAGUGGCGGCCUGAGUCCGAGCACAACUAUAGAAAGCGCUAUCAUUAUUGAACGCGAAGUCGAUUUCGUCACCCCUCUUCUCACUCAGCUGACUUAUGAGGGUCUCAUUGACGAGGUGUUCGGCAUACAGAACUGUCAGGCAGAGGUGGACACGACCAUCGUGGGAGCCCCAUCUCAAGGGUCUGCGGCGGGGGCACCAAGCGCGCAGGCACGGAAACGGAAGAUACAACUAGAUUCAUCCGACAAGCAAUUUGAGCUGCUCCGCGACAAGAACUUUGCCAUUGUUGGGAGUUUCCUAGGCCAACAAGCCCGGAGGCUCCAGAGCGUGCAGAAGGAUUACGAAGGCCGGAAUAGUAACAAAUCGAUCGCUGAGCUUAAGGACUUCGUGAGCAAGCUUCCCGCGUAUCAACAGGAACACCACAGCCUCCGCAUACACACCGGGUUAGCUGAAGAGAUCGUCAAGUACACAAGAACCGAUCAGUUUAAGGGACUCCUGGAGGUCCAACAGAACUUGGCUGCCGGUGCAGACCCUUCCUCGCAGUUCGACGCUAUCGAGGAGCUCAUUGCUAGGGGAACGCCGCUGCCUGAAGUUCUGAGAUUGCUUUGCAUAUACUCGUGUGUAUCAGGCGGCGUCAAACCCAAGGAAUACGACCAGUUCAGGCGCCUGAUUCUAGAAGGUUAUGGCUACCAACAUCUAUUGACCCUCCAUUCUCUGGAGAAACUCCAACUCUUCCUAUCCCGAUCUUCGCCCCUGGCGGGCAUGAUACCCAUGUCGGGGGCAGUCGGAGGAGCAGGCAACAAGACCAACUACACGCAUUUACGAAAACUUCUACGACUGAUUGUGGAUGAGGUGCGGGAGGACGACCCGAACGAUAUUGCAUAUGUGUAUAGUGGCUAUGCUCCGCUGUCAGUUCGGCUGGUACAAUGCAUUCUCCAGAAGCAAUACCUACUCACCGUGACCAAGGGCAAUGGCGUGACAGGGACAACUGGUUCGUCUGCGGCACAGGGAUGGCAUGGUUUCGACGAAGCAGUCAAACAUGUCCGAGGACAAACAUUUUACGAGCUCCAGAAGGGCGAGGAUAAAGCUGUCAAGGCUCGCGCUCUCCUUUCGGGCGGAGCAGAGAAGCAGACUGUCUUUGUUGUCUUUCUAGGAGGCAUCACAUUUACUGAGAUCGCAGCUCUCCGCUUUAUCGCAAAGCAGGAGGAAGGCCGAAGAAACAUCGUCAUCUGCACAACAUCGAUCAUCAGCGGGAACAGAAUGAUGGAAGCGGCGAUUGAGAAGGAAUCCUUUUCGAAAAAUGCAAGUCCGGGUAUCUCAACACAAUAACGGGCGUGAUAUGCCCAAAUACCGGAAAGGCGUUCGGAGUCAACUCGAGAGUUCAUGAUUGGAUUAAGGAUACGAUCACUGUCGAUAUGGGGAGGCUCCUGACUGGGCGUGUUCUAGUACCUAGACAAUAGCUGGCUGGGGGAUUAAUACCAUGAUGGAAACAUUGGACCCUCGACAUUUACUCCGAGGCGAUUACAGAUGUUCGAAAAUGUCACCCACCAGAUGUGACGUCUGUCUCUGAUACCACUUGUGUUAUCUUCCGCUAUUAUGAUGCGUCUCAUUUGAAGGCC